GGAAUUUUUAUUUAUAUUCACACACAUAUAUAUACUCUCUUAUUUCACCUUUCGUUUUCUGUUAUUUGUAAAUUAUAAGCACAUGUUUUAUUUAUUAAUAUUAUCAAUUACCAUGCUCGCACGCACAUCAAUGACUUGUGCGAAGCCCUGAUUUGAGUUUGCUUCUGUUUCUAUGUUCUUCUCUGCAACAGAUUAGACGCCUGUAAUUGGAGGUUUGAUUGAUAUUAUUUAUUAGGUGGUUGGGAUUGAAUUAGGUUUUUAGAGGUUGUUGUGCUGGUUGGGUAGUAAGUGUUGUGACGGCUACGUAUGGCUGAAGACAGCCUGCGGAUUGGAGGGAUUACGUCGGGGUUGGCUGUGGUGUUAAAUGAUGACGAUAGGAAAGAGAGCUCGCAGAAGAACCGUCGUAUUUCGUAUUGUGAUGAUUUUGGUGAUCAGUCGGUUGAAAGGACUCUUGAACACGUGCUUGAUCUCCCUUACAGAACGAUUAAUCCGCUGACAUGUCCGGUUGAUACUAAUACAGUUCGUGCUAUUAUAAGAAAUGAUAUUUCUAAGAGUUAUGGGAAAUUGAAUAAUGUUGCAAGGCAUAAAGCUGGGGUGUCUACAAUGGGGGAUGGGUAUGGUCUUCACAAAGUUAUGAUAGAGGAGUCUAGUGUUUGUGGUGAUAUUCGAAUUGUAAAGCCGCCUCUUCUUCUCGAGAGUAAUGCUAUGUUUAGUAGUGCAAGGGCUAAUGCUUGCGUAUGGAAAGGAAAAUGGAUGUUUGAAGUUAUUCUUGAAACAUCUGGUAUACAGCAGCUUGGAUGGGUGACUCUUUCCUGCCCUUUUACCGAUCAUGAAGGCGUAGGGGAUGCUGAUGAUUCUUAUGCUUAUGACGGGAAAAGGGUCAGUAAAUGGAAUAAAGAAGCUGAAGCUUACGGCCAAUCGUGGGUUGUUGGUGAUGUAAUUGGAUGUUGCAUAGACUUGGAUCGUGAUGAAAUUUCAUUUUAUAGAAAUGGUGUUUCUCUAGGAGUGGCAUUCGAUGGGAUUCGCAAGAUGGUUCCUGGACUAGGGUAUUAUCCUGCAAUUUCUCUUUCUCAGGGCGAAAGGUGUGAGUUGAAUUUUGGGGCUCGCCCCUUUAGACAUCCAAUUAAGGGAUUCCUUCCAAUUCAGCCUCCACCUUUAACAAAUUCUCUUGCUGCUCAUUUGUUGCAUUGUUUUUCAAGAUUGCUGGAUAUUCAGUGCAUGGAGACGUCUGGUUCUAGUACUGUCGAUAGAAUGAGACGACUGAAAAGAUUUGUUUCAUUUGAAGACAUUUUUAAUCCCGUCUCUCGAGCAAUAAUCGGGGAGUUAUAUGUAGCAAUUGAUGCAGAAGCUGGGAGUGCAGAAUAUAUAGCAGGGGGCCCACUUUUGUCUUUUAUUAUUGAAGUUUUUAAGUUGCACGCGCCUCAUGACUAUAGAAUGUUGGAUAGAGUAAUUGAUAUAUUGUUAGAGUUUCAAGGGUCAACAUUGAUUUUUGAAAAUAUCUUCAAUGCCAUAGCAUGUUGUUGCAAGACAGCAUCAGUUGUUAUAACUGAGUGCCCAUAUUCUGGUUCGUAUCCUUAUCUGGCAUUGGUGUGUCACAUGUUGAGACGGGAAGAGUUGAUGAUAAUUUGGUGGAAGUCAGAUUUUGAAUUCUUGUUUGAAGCUUUUCUGUCACAAAAGAUUCCUAAUAAGCAGGACCUUCGUUGUAUGAUGCCUUGUGUAUGGUGGCCCGGUUCAUCCGAGGACAUUUCUUAUGAAAGUAGCAUGAUGCUGACAACUACGGCCUUGGCGGAGGCAGUGGAUAAAAUUGAGGAGAAGCAUAGGGAGCUCUGCCAGUUGGUCUUGGAGUUUAUUCCACCUGUAACACCUCCUCAGUCACCUGGUUCUCUGUUUAGGACAUUUCUGCAGAAUUUACUUUUUAAGAACAGGGGAGCAGAUCAUAAUAUGCCUCCCCCAGGAGUGUCAAGUAACUCGGCUAUUGUUUCCCUAUAUACUGUAAUACUACAUUUCUUAUCAGAAGGUUCCUCAACAGGGGGUUUUAGUGGUUGGAUAAAAGGUUGCGGAGUUGAUGUGAGCCCUGAUGUUGGUUUUCUUCAUAGGGGUGGCCAACAAAGUUUUCCUGUUGCCUUAUUUCUAAAAAACAAUCCUCACAGAGUUGAUAUUUCCAGGCUUGGAGGAUCAUAUAGUCAUCUAUCAAAAUCGCAUCCUGUAAGUAAGGACGAGGAAGAUGAAGUGAUUAGAUGGGAAGAAGGGUGUAUGGACGGCGAAGGAAUCAAAGUAACCCAUUCUGGUAGGACAAAGCCGUGUUGUUGUUCAAGUUAUGAUGAUUUUACAAGAACUUCAAAGAAUCCUGUCAGAUAUACCGCAAAAGACUCUCAGGGUCACUGUAGCUCGCUUCCAGAGAGAGCAUCUCAUGGUGCUGCUGAAUGCAGUACUGGAAGUUUGAACGAUGAGAUAGCUGACAAACCUAGCACAAGCGAUCAGUCAGAAUCUGGGUUUGGUUAUCGGUCAUUGCAAUGGGCGAGAAUUGUUCCAAGGGAGAGCAAUAUGUCUUCAGCAAUACUUGAAGAAGAGGAACUGUUAGAUGCACUGCUUCUAUUGUAUCAUCUGGGUCUUGCACCAAUCUUCAAACAGGCAUCAUCAUGCAUAUCUCAUCAGGCACAAUCAAUCUCGCUCCUGGAAGAAACUGAUAAGCAAAUACGUGAAAGAGCUACCGGGGAGCAAUUAAAGCGUUUGAAGGAAGCUCGUACUGUAUAUCGGGAAGAAUUAAUGGAUUGUGUUAGAAAAUGUGCCUGGUAUCGCAUCUCACUUUGUGCUCGAUGGAAGCAGCGGGGAAUGUAUGCAACAUGCAUGUGGAUUGUUCAACUGCUUUUGAUUCUUAGCAAAAUGGAUUCCGUCUUCAUCUAUAUUCCUGAAUAUUAUCUUGAGACUCUGGUUGACUGCUUCCAUGUCUUGCGUAAGAGUGAUCCUCCUUUUGUUCCCAGUGCAAUAUUUAUCAAUCAAGGCCUUGCUUCUUUUGUGAGUUUUAUUGUUACACACUUCAACGAUCCAAGGAUAUCAAGUGCAGAGCUAAAGGAUCUUCUUCUCCAAUCUAUAUCUGUGUUGGUACAAUACAAGGAAUCUCUGGCUGCUUUGGAGAUGAAUGAAGCAGCUACCCAAAGUUUACCCAGAGCAUUGUUGUCAGCAUUUGAUAACAGAUCCUGGAUUCCUGUAACAAAUAUACUUCUCCGUUUGUGCAAGGGUUCUGGCUUUGGUUCGUCUAAGCAUGGCGAAUCUUCAACAUCAUCAGUUACAUUUCAGAAUUUGCUGCGGGAGGCUUGCAUCGGGGAUGAAGAGUUAUUCUCAGCUUUCCUCAAUCGCCUAUUUAACACUCUAAGCUGGGCGAUGACAGAGUUUUCUGUUUCAAUUAGAGAAAUCCAAGAGAAGUACAAGAUAAUGGAUUUGCAACAAAGGAAAUGUAGUGUCAUAUUUGAUCUCUCAUGCAAUCUUGCGAGAGUGCUAGAGUUUUGCACUCGCGAAAUUCCACAAGCAUUCUUGUCAGGCUCGGAUAUGAACCUGCGUAGAUUGGUUGAGCUGAUUGUCUUUAUUUUGAAUCACUUGAUGGCUGUGGCUGAUCCCGAUUUCAUUGAAUUAACAAUCAGACGACCUGGCCAGUCUCCGGAGAAGAUAAACAGAGGCAUGAUAUUAGCACCUCUUGCUGGCAUUAUCUUAAAUUUGUUUGACACUAGUAUGAACACAAAGGACAAUGAUAUUGCUGGGAUAUUUGCUAGUAUGGACUGCCCUGAUACAGUUGUUUGUGGCUUUCAGUACCUUAUUGAAUAUGAUUGGGCUGCGUCCUUUAGGGGGGAUGUUCAACUUGCAAAACUCAGGCAACUAGAGAAAAUCUCAAGCCUCCUCAUUUGUCGAACCGAAGCUCAUGAAUCCGAGAGGAAAUUUUAUGAAGGAGAAGUAGAGGGAGAUGAUGGCACGUGUUGCAUAUGUUAUGCCUGUGAUGCAGACACUAGAUUUGUACCGUGUUCCCAUAAUUCUUGUUUUGGCUGCAUAUCAAGGCAUCUUCUAAAUUGCCAGAGAUGUUUCUUCUGCAAUGCAACAGUCACUAAAAUUGUUCCGAAUGACAUGAAGGCAGCUUAAAUUUAGUGUUUCUCUUCCAGCUAAGAUGCCUCUUGGCUGGUUGCCAGGUAUAUUUACAGUAGAAUGUAUAGUUGAGGGUGGGUCAAAGCAAGGAUAAAGAUAUUUAUGAUCGUAGGUAUUUAUUUAUUAGGGUUUGGGGGACAAAAAUCGAAUAUUGGGUUUUGGUCCUUAGGAAUGGAAUCGGAGAUUGAGAAGUGCAGGAGCUUGGGGAAUUGGUGGACUAUAUAGGAAAUUUUUGUAAGGAAUGCUGAAGGGCAUUGCUAUGUAAACACUGUUGAAAAUGAAAUAUAAAAUCUUUUGUCUGUCUCCUUUA